CAAAUCAUAUUGGAUUGUCGUGUAUUGAAUUCCAACUUUAUAUAAUUUAGAAAUAUAGUAAAUAUGAAUAUUUUUGAUAAAUGGCGGCAUCUUGUUUUAAAACCGAAAUUUCAAACAAGGAUUUCAUGGAAUUUUUGCCGAAAAAAAAAUGGCAAUUUCGAAACAAAAGAAGAGCUUGAGGCACACAAAGAAUCUUUAAGACGAUACAAUAAAGCUUCGUAUGAUUAUGAAUACUUAUUCAAUUUACAACAAUCACAACUCGUGUAUAAAAUUAUCCGAAUGCAAAGACAAAUUGACAGUUAUACAGUUAUGAAAAGCAUUAAUAAUGUUGACGGUCGAGACAAAAUCCGCGUGGAACACCCAGAUAUUGAAGACAUAGUAGAUCACUAUGAUUAUAACCUACGUCGUGUCGCUUUCAAAGUGGCCUAUCUCGGUUGGGACUAUAUGGGAUAUGCUUGGAGUGAUAAUACUGAUAGAGGGGUUAAAGGUCAUACCAAUGUGGUGGAAAGAGUCUUCAUGGAAGCGUUGCUAAGGCAACAACUUGUUCGAAAACUUUCAUACAAAAAUAAAUUUGAUCGCUGUGGCCGCACUGACAAAAAUGUUAGUGGCCUUGGCCAGGUUAUUUGUGUCAAUGUUCGCUCUAACAUGGACCAUGGUUAUGGGGUUUGGGGCCAAAAGAACUGGAAUAAUUCUAAUAAAGAAAUUAAUGAACCAAUGAAUAUCAUUGAUGGCAAAACCACUGAAGAGAAAAAUUGGGAUGAUUACGAUAUUUCAGACAAAUCUCGAGACUCUGAGGAAAUUCCUUACAUUAAGCUUUUGAAUGAAGCUCUUCCAAUGGACAUCAGAGUCUUGGCGUGGUCUCCUGUCAGCAAAGGUUUUUCUCCCAGAAAGAGCUGCUUAUCGAGGACGUAUCGUUAUUUUGUACCACUAGGUGGACUCGAUGUUAACCUUAUGAAAAAGUGCGCGAAAAAAUUAGUUGGCGAACACGAUUUUAUAAAUUUUGCAAAAUUGUCUGCAGACAAUAUGGAAUCUCAAACAGUUCGUCAAAUUAAAAACUUUGACAUUGAAAUACUUCCAAGGUCAAAUUCAUCGCUUCGAGAAUGUAAUAUUUGUCAAUUCACAGUCACUGGUUCUGGGUUUUUAUAUAGACAAGUUCGUUUCAUGGUAUCGGUUUUGUGUUUAAUCGGUAACGGUCAUGAAGAUCCAUCGGUUAUUGAAAGAUUACUAGACAUUGAAAAUACACAAGGAAGACCAAGUUAUUCAUCCGCCUCUGCGAGUCCGUUAAUUUUAUACGAUUCUGAAUAUAGCAGCGAUGACAUCGAUUGGCGCUGGGACGAGGAAGCGUUAAAAACAACUGCACACUCGAUAGCUGGAAUUUGGUGUGAAAACGCCAUGAAAAGUGAAAUAACACGAACAAUUUACGGAAACGUUGUCAGUAAAUUAUCAUCGGAAAAACGGGAUGAAAUAAUUAACAGUGUACAAGGUAGUCUCUUACAUUAUGAUGCUGCGACAAUUUUUCGUAAAAUUUAUGAUUCUGAUGUAGCAAAAACUCAGCAACAAUUCAAAGAUGUAGAAAAAUUGAAAACUAUUCGUAGGCUUCAGAGAAAAGGAUUGUACAAGGCUGCAGCGCAAAUGCAUGGUGAUGACGGUUACGAGAAUGUGGGUUGGAAAUCUUGAGAUUUUGUUUUAUGCCUAUAAGUCCACACAAGAUGUGAUAAAAUAUGUAAGCAAAGCUGAAUUGUGAGGAUCCCGGUUUUAACUAAAUCAUUAUGAUUUUGGACGCUGUGAUCUAGAUUAGGGUGGUCCAACCCCAGGCUGUGGGCCACAAGUGGCCUGCAGCUUGUGUUGGUUCAUCACAAAAUAAACCAGAAAAAUCUUUUGACGCAUUGUUACAUCACAAAUGUCAUUGAAUUGACUAGUGUUAUGGCUAGCUGAGGCAACUAGCGAAGU